UCCUGAAACACAACCUUCUCUAAUCUGCAGAAUGGCGAGCAGUAGUUGCACCAAGUCCUUCUGCAGCAAUUAUAUGCUACUAAAGCCAGAAGAAUGUAGUGUAUCUGAUUUGGCAAGAAUUUUGUUUUCCAGCAAAAAUUUGGGACAAAAAGAAUUCGUUGAUGUAGACAUCCCUAAUGAAGAAUUGAACAUGACUAAGGAGCCUUUGUCACGUAGAUGGGUGUUUUUUAUUUCCAUUCUAGUCCAGAAGGUUUUAAUCAAAAUUUCUAAACCUUUAGCAGGGUUUGGCAAUACCAUUGAAUACUGGCUUAACCUUCAAAACGUCAACGGUGGAUUCUUCCGUCUUAUUUUCAACUCCUUAAGAGGUAGAGCUGUAAUACCGGAUAAGGAAUCGGCAGAGUACUUGUCAUUUAUUGGAAAUUUGGAUAAAAGAUUUGAGCUGGAUUUUAGUAAAAUUGUUGAAGAAGUUGGAGGAUGUAAAAGAUAUGAUGAGGCAAUCAGCAUAAUGGCUGCAAAAGCAGCUUACGAGAACAAAGCAUGGAUUCAAAAUACUGUCAACCAACACUGGAAGAUGGAUUUCGUGGGCUCCUUUGAUUUCUGGAAUGAUUAUCAAGAGAAAGCUACAACACAAGCAUUUGUGCUUCAAGAUAAAAACGUGGACGCUGAUUUGAUUGUUGUUGCAUUUAGAGGAACUGAAUUCUUCAAUUCUGAUGAUUGGAUCUCCGACUUUAAUCUCUCUUGGUAUGACAUUCCCGGCAUGGGCAAAGUCCAUGCCGGAUUUAUGAAAGCUCUCGGCUUGCAAAAGAGCCUCGGCUGGCCUAAAGAAAUUGAACAAACUGAUACUAAUAAUAUUAAUCAGCCAUCUCCAGCCUAUUAUUUCCUAAGAAAAUUGCUCAAACAACUUCUAGAGAAAAAUGAAAAUGCAAAGUUUGUGGUUACUGGUCACAGCUUAGGUGGAGCACUAGCAAUUUUGUUUCCAGCAAUAUUAGCAUACCAUGAGGAAUCUUGGCUGUUGAAAAGAUUAGGCGGCGUUUAUACAUUUGGUCAACCAAGAGUUGGAGAUGAAAAUUUCGUUGAUUAUAUGAAGGAACAAUUAGCAAAGUAUGAGGUCCCAUACUAUAGAGUUGUGUACAGCAAUGACAUGGUACCAAGAUUACCAUAUGAUAAUUUAACUUUCAUGUUCAAGCACUUUGGAACUUGCAUCUAUUACAAUAGCCUCUACAAAAAACAAAUUUUAGGUGAAGAACCAGACAAGAAUGGUUUGGCUCUGUUACUGUUUUUACCGAAGAUGUUAAAUGCGGGUUGGGAGCUGAUCAGAAGCUGUAUUCUACCAUGUGUAAACGGAUGGAAGUAUCAAGAAGGUGGGCUUCUUCUAUUCAUGAGAGUGGUAGGGUUGCUACUGCCAGGCAUACCUGCUCACUGUCCUCAGGAUUAUGUUAAUGCCAGCAGGCUUGGAUCACUCAAAACGUCUCAAAGUAGCAAAAGAUUGGCAUAAUUAUUGGCGAGUUUGUGUUUUUUUAAGCGUACUUAUUAGUUUUUCCCUGCACCAAUGUAGAUAUUUAAAUUGUUUUGAAGUUUUGAACCGCGUCCUUGGAGAACAAAGCAAGUAAGAUUUGAUAAGUGAUCUCAACUUUAAAUUA